CACUUUAAAUCUACUUAUCCGCUCCACCCACGCCACCUUUACAACCACACCCGCAUCCUCAACUUCAGACAGGCAAACCUGCCGUUGUCUGCAAUUGGAUUGACUGCUUGAGCGCUACGUCACGACACUCGUCUUGAGCAAAGCUAAAAUGUCUGCACCCCAAGACGCAGUCCCGCCCAGCGGGGCUGAUCUUUCUGAGGCCGUUGAUCAGCUCAAUCUUGGAGACAACGAACCCCGACUGGGGCCGGACGGUGAACCCGCGCCAAAGACUGACCAAGAGUACGCUCAGACGCAGCUGACUCUCCGGGCCAUUGUCUCCUCCAAGGAAGCCGGUGUGAUCAUCGGGAAGGGUGGAAAGAAUGUCGCGGACUUGCGUGAGGAAACUGGCGUGAAGGCCGGCGUUAGCAAGGUUGUCCAGGGCGUCUACGACCGAGUUUUGACCAUUACUGGCGGCUGCGAAGCCAUCUCGAGGGCUUACGCUGCUGUUGCUCGCUCCCUGCUGGAAGGCGCUCCCACGAUGGGCAUGGGCGGGGUCAUUCAGAACAAUGGCACUCACCCAAUCAAACUGCUCAUCUCUCACAACCAGAUGGGCACCAUCAUCGGCCGGCAAGGCUUGAAAAUCAAGCACAUCCAGGAUGUGUCGGGCGUGCGCAUGGUGGCACAGAAGGAGAUGCUGCCGCAAUCAACCGAGCGCAUUGUUGAGGUCCAAGGCACCCCCGAGGGCAUCCAGCGCGCCGUCUGGGAGAUUUGCAAGUGCCUGGUCGAUGAUUGGCAGCGGGGCACCGGCACCGUUCUCUACAACCCUGUGGUUCGAACCCAAGGUGUUGGCGCGCCGGGUAUCUCCGGGGGCAGCGGCUAUGUCCAGGACCGGGCUCCAUAUGGCGGCUCGCGUGUGACCCGCACGGGUAAUGGCGCCGAUUUCAGCAAUGGCGGGCCUCGGUCCUACAAUCGCCGCUCCGACUCUGACCCCUCGAAUCGUGGCCCCCCAACUCACGAUGAGAAUGGAGAGGAGAUUCAGACGCAGAAUAUCAGCAUUCCUGCCGACAUGGUUGGUUGCAUCAUCGGCCGUGCAGGCUCCAAGAUCAGCGAGAUUCGCAAGACGUCGGGAGCCCGCAUCUCGAUUGCCAAGGCUCCUCAUGACGAGACUGGCGAGCGCAUGUUCACCAUCAUGGGCACGAGCAAGGCGAACGAGACGGCCCUGUUCCUCCUUUACGAGAACCUCGAGGCGGAGAAGCUGCGGCGCCAACAGCAAGCCAACCCAGUGUCCGAGUAGAGAGCGGACGGCGGCCAACCGAUCCUCGGGCUGUAACACAACCAUGCAUGUUGUAACCGUUGGCGUUACGCGAGUGGGAUUAUCAUCAGCUCCCUAGCUGCGUCCUCCACGGGAUUUUUCUUUCAUCCUGGUUUGGGUCGGAUUUGGGCAGCCCCUCGUUAUGGGUUAACAACCAGAUUCGACUGCCGCAAGGCCUUGAUAUUCGACGGAGGAACGAUGC